CAAAAUGAGUAAAAGGAUCAAGCCUUUUUUUAAGCAGCAGUCCACGCCAUGCUUUGGGAAGGAGGCCACACAGCUUUUCCCCAAGAUGUUGAUGAGCGAGACUGAUGAGAAGAUACGCCUGAUGGCAGAGAAGGUUUACGCCUCUGCCCUGAAACAGGAAACCAUGAAGGAUGCUCUGGCGUUGUUCACUGUCCCAGAGGACUGUCCGAUCGGCCUGCACGAGGACAGGGAGAGGGAGCUGCAGAAGGAGCUGGCUGAGCAGCUGUCUCAGGAGUCUGUUCAGAGGAAGAAGAACUUCUUGUUGAAGCGCUCGCAGACGGUAUGUUUACAGCUACCUGAUGACUGGAAUCGGUCCGCUUCAUCUCCUCUGCCCACCGCAGGCGUGGCUGAACCUUUUCCACUAGAGAACUUCCCAGACUUCCAGAGAGUAACCAUCAGCGGGGAUUACUGUGCAGGGAUCACUGUUGAGGAUUAUGAACAAGCAUCUGAGAGUCUCUUUAAAGCACUUUUUAUCCGAGAGAAGUACUCCAGGCUGGCAUUCCACCGCUUCCCAAGAACCACUACCCGAUUCCUUUGGGAUGCCCAAAAUGUGAAGUGGAGCGAGGAGGAUGAGGUUUUACCCGUCAUCUGGCCUUUCCCUCCUGAAGGAGAGGAUCCAUAUUCCAUGGAAGGUAUUCCUGAGAACCUGAAGUAUGAGCUAAAGAUGAAAGAUGGAAUAUUUCAUGUGUAUGCUGAUGCAGAAGCCCUAAAACAAGAACAACCUCUCAGCCUCCCCUAUCCUGAUCUUGAGACAUUUGCUAUAGAUCUGAGCCAUGUACUUGCGAUGAUAGCUGAUGGCCCUACGAAAACCUACUGCCACAGACGACUUAAUUUCUUGUCUUCUAAAUUCUACAUCCAUGAAAUGCUGAAUGAAAUGGCGGAGCUGAGAGAGCUGAAAAGCGUUCCACACAGAGACUUCUACAAUGUUAGAAAGGUAGACACACACAUACAUGCUGCAGCUUGCAUGAACCAGAAGCAUCUGCUGAAAUUUAUCCAAACAACAUACCAUACAGAGGCAGAUCGAGUGGUUUUGGAGAAAGGAGGCCAGAAGAUCACACUCAAAGAAGUCUUCAACAACCUCAAAAUGGACCCAUAUGACCUGACUGUAGAUUCACUGGAUGUGCACGCUGGAAGACAGACCUUUCACAGGUUUGACAAGUUCAACUCCAAGUAUAAUCCUGUGGGAGCCAGUGAACUACGAGAGAUUUAUUUGAAAACGGACAACUAUAUUAACGGAGAGUACUUUGCACGUCUCAUCAAGGAAGUUGCUGCGGAGCUGGAGGAAAGCGUGUAUCAGCACGCUGAGCCACGUUUGUCUAUUUACGGCAGAUCUGCCAGCGAGUGGGAGAGCCUGGCAACAUGGUUCAUCCAGCACAAAGUCCACUCACCCAACAUGAGAUGGAUGAUCCAAGUUCCGAGGAUCUAUGACAUCUUCAGGUCAAAGAAACUGGUUCCAAACUUCGCUAAGAUGCUGGAGAACAUUUUCCUCCCACUUUUUGAAGCUACAGUCAACCCUCAAAAGCACAAAAAAAUCCACGUUUUUCUAAAAUAUGUGACGGGAUUCGACAGUGUGGAUGAUGAGUCUAAACACAGCGACCACAUGUUCUCUUACAAAAGCCCGAAACCCGAGGAAUGGACCACAAACGAAAAUCCUCCCUACACCUAUUACCUCUUCUACAUGUAUGCCAACAUCAUGGUGCUGAACAAUCUGCGCAAGGACCGAGGACUGAACACCUUCCAGUUCCGUCCCCACUGCGGUGAGGCGGGCUCCAUCACCCACCUGGUCUCUGCCUUCCUGAUAGCUGACAAUAUCUCCCACGGACUCAACCUGAAGAAGAGUCCAGUGCUGCAGUACCUGUUCUACCUGGCCCAGAUCCCGAUCGCCAUGUCCCCACUGAGCAACAACAGCCUGUUCCUGCAGUACUCAAAGAACCCAAUGCAAGAGUUUCUUCACAAAGGCCUGUGUGUGUCAUUGUCCACUGAUGACCCCAUGCAGUUCCACUACACGAAGGAAGCUUUAAUGGAGGAGUACGCCAUCGCAGCUCAGCUGUGGAAGCUGAGCACGUGUGAUUUGUGUGAGAUUGCCAGGAACAGCGUUCUGCAGAGCGGUCUCUCCCAUGAGGAAAAGAAACGCUUCAUUGGUUCCAACUACCUACAGGAUGGACCGCAGGGCAAUGACAUCCGUAAGACAAACGUGGCUCAGAUCCGCAUGGCCUUCCGCCACGAGACUCUGUGCAACGAGCUCAGUUUUCUGGUGGAUGCGGUGAAAACGGAGGAUGCUCCACCUCCAGCCGAGUGAUUAACUUCACAGUCACACAUCUGGAUACGUCUUCAGAGGUUAGAGGGCAAAGA